ACUCUGUGCUGGAACUGAGCUCCCCUCCCAAUUACUUGUCACUCUCUUUGUGCCAAGUGCUAUACUUAGUCAUCCCCUUAGAAAGGGCAUUUGCCACUUGGGGGCACGGGAAAGUUAGCCUAUAACUUUGAUUUUCUGGGAAAGCAAAACCACAACAUGUAUUCUUAGGUCUGACAUGUGAGUGCCAGACUCACUUUGGGGAUGUUAAAACGGUUUUGAUCAGAAACUGAUCUUCACCCUAAAAAGCCUAAUUCAGUCACACAAGCAAUUCAAUCUGGUCCUGCAUUUCUAGAGAGUCUCUGCAAGGCUUGAUACAACCAUGCUGCUGAAAUAAUUCCAUGUUCACUAUUAAUUGUAAUGUAGAAUAAUGAUCUACCAGGUGAGGGAUGUCCCCCAGUUAGAGAGGAGUGUGGCACAGAAGGGGUUAGGAGGCACACAGGCAGGCAGGGAUGAGGUGUAAGAGUGUAGGAGUGUAUUAACCACCAGUAACUCAGGCAUGACGAGCUGGCAGAAGUCUCCAUCUGAAUUCUCCAGCAACUAUAGGAACACAAUUCCAUUUCAUUUUAUUUUGUCCUUUCCAAGAAGCAUCACGUUGCUGAGCCCUGUGGAUGGUGCGCUGGGAGGAGGAGAGCAGGUGGCAACGUUUGACUUCUUGUAGUGUGGAGAUCAUUUGUGUGCAUUGGAAGUGUGGUGAGGAGCCCUCAGAUCCCUGAUUCCCCCCCACCCCCACUACAGACACAAUGUAUAUAAUCUAUACAUCUGACUAGUGGAUAAAGCAACGUGCAAGAGUGGGUGACAGGGGGCUUGGUCCCCGGAGUACUGCCUGAUAGGGCUGACAACUGUAUCUGAUCUGAGUGCAUUGUGGAGCUGAUCUCCCUUCCUUUAAGGGUAUGAAAGUACGGUGGAACUGUAAAGGUCUCCUUAGAUGGUCUGUUGUCCACAAACAUCGGUUAUUCAAUGGUGGGAAAUAGUGCGUUGGAGAGACAUCAAACACGGAGUAGAAGACUAAAAGAGUUGAAGCCUUUUCUUUCCACCAUGCUGUCUUAUCCAGCCUAAAUUGUAUCCUAAAAUGCUACUUUAUAUUUUUUUUAUGCUUCUGCUGUUAAAGAAAGAUGGAUCUGGGAAUGUUGGGCUUAUGGCGUCGGCACAAACAAAUGAAAGAAGGGUGGUGGCCCACAUGCCAGGAGACAUCAUCAUUGGGGCGUUGUUUUCAGUUCACCACCAACCGACUGUCGAAAAGGUCCACGAGAGGAAAUGUGGGGAAAUUAGAGAGCAAUACGGCAUACAAAGAGUGGAAGCCAUGCUCCACACGCUCGACAGAGUCAACGCAGACCCAAAUCUGUUGCCGAACAUAACUCUUGGAUGUGAGAUACGAGAUUCCUGCUGGCAUUCUGCAGUGGCUUUGGAACAAAGUAUAGAGUUUAUACGAGACUCGCUGAUUUCCUCGGAAGAAGAGGAAGGUUUAGUCCGUUGUGUCGAUGGAUCGUCUUCGUCUAACCAGCCGAAGAAGCCAAUUGUUGGAGUUAUCGGACCCGGAUCCAGCUCUGUAGCAAUUCAAGUUCAGAAUUUAUUGCAGCUUUUCAAUAUACCUCAAAUUGCCUACUCUGCAACAAGUAUGGACCUGAGUGACAAAACCCUGUACAAGUAUUUCAUGAGAGUGGUACCGUCUGAUGCUCAACAGGCAAGAGCCAUGGUGGAUAUUGUCAAAAGGUACAACUGGACCUACGUUUCUGCAGUGCACACUGAAGGUAACUAUGGUGAAAGAGGAAUGGAAGCAUUCAAAGACAUGUCGGCCAAGGAUGGAGUCUGUAUCGCGCAAUCUUACAAGAUUUACAGUAAUGCCGAAGAACAGAACUUUGACAAACUAUUAAAAAAGCUACGGAGUCAUCUUCCCAAGGCCAGAGUCGUCGUCUGCUUUUGUGAGGGAAUGACCGUGAGGGGACUUUUAAUGGCUAUGAGACGUCAGGGAAUAAUUGGGGAGUUCCUUCUUCUUGGCAGCGAUGGCUGGGCCGACAGAUACGACGUGACGGACAGUUAUCAGCGAGAGGCUGCUGGAGGGAUUACCAUCAAGCUGCAGUCCCCCGAUGUGAAAUGGUUUGAUGAUUAUUACUUGCAGCUGCGUCCGGAAACCAAUCUCCGCAAUCCGUGGUUCCAGGAGUUCUGGCAAAACAAGUUCAAGUGCAAACUGACGGGAUAUUUGCAGGACAGCCAGGUCUACAACAAAACCUGCAACACUCGAUUGUCUUUAUCAUACCAAUACACUCAAGAUUCAAAAAUGGGAUUCGUCAUCAAUGCAAUCUACGCCAUGGCGUAUGGUCUCCACAAUAUGCAGGUGUCUUUAUGUCCCGGGUACGCCGGUCUCUGUGACGCUAUGAAGCCAAUAGAUGGUCAGAAACUACUAGAUUGCAUUAUGAAAGCAAAUUUCACAGGUGUAGCUGGAGACAUGAUUGUGUUUGAUGAGAACGGAGAUUCACCGGGACGGUAUGAGAUAAUGAAUUUUAAGAAAAUGGGAAAAGAUUACUUUGAUUACAUCAAUGUUGGAAGCUGGGACAAUGGCGAACUGAAAAUGGACGAUGAUGAAAUAUGGUCUAGUAAGAAUGCGGUAAUUAGAUCAGUCUGCAGCGAACCGUGCGCUAAAGGACAGAUAAAGGUAAUCCGGAAGGGCGAGGUGAGCUGCUGUUGGACAUGCACUCCUUGUAAAGAGAACGAGAUCGUAUUUGAUGAAUAUACCUGCAAAGCUUGUGAUCUGGGCUCUUGGCCUACUGACGACCUCACAGGAUGCAUCCAGAUCCCGGUGGAAUAUCUUAGGUGGAGCGACCCCGAACCAAUUGCAGCUGUAGUCUUCUCGUGUCUGGGCCUACUGGCGACGAUGUUUGUCACAGCCAUAUUUAUCCUGUACCGGGAUACUCCUGUGGUGAAGUCGUCCAGCAGGGAACUCUGCUACAUCAUUUUGGCCGGUAUCUGUUUAGGUUACUUGUGCACUUUCUGUCUUAUUGCAAAGCCACAGAGGAUUUACUGCUACCUGCAGAGGAUCGGGAUUGGCCUUUCUCCCGCUAUGAGUUAUUCAGCCCUUGUCACCAAAACCAACCGCAUUGCACGUAUCUUGGCUGGGAGCAAGAAGAAAAUCUGCACCAAGAAGCCAAGAUUUAUGAGCGCCUGCGCCCAACUGGUAAUUGCCUUUGUCCUAAUCUGUAUACAGCUCGGAAUCAUCAUUGCUCUGUUUAUCAUGGAGCCUCCGGAUGUUAUGUUUGAUUACCCGAGCAUUCGAGAAGUCUACCUGAUAUGCAACACCAACAAUCUGGGUGUAGUGACCCCGCUGGGCUACAACGGCUUGUUGAUCCUGAGCUGUACCUUCUAUGCAUUUAAGACUAGAAAUGUUCCAGCCAACUUCAAUGAAGCAAAGUAUAUCGCUUUCACCAUGUACACCACCUGCAUCAUCUGGUUAGCCUUUGUGCCAAUAUAUUUCGGGAGCAACUACAAAAUUAUCACCAUGUGCUUCUCAGUGAGCUUGAGCGCCACGGUAGCCCUCUGCUGCAUGUUUGUGCCAAAGGUGUAUAUAAUUCUUGCAAAACCGGAGAGAAAUGUCCGCAGCGCCUUCACCACUUCCACUGUGGUCCGGAUGCACGUGGGGGACGGAAAGUCUUCUUCGGCCGCCAGCCGUUCCAGCAGCUUGGUAAAUUUGUGGAAAAGGAGAGGGUCUUCCGGGGAAACGUUAAGCAUUUCAUUUACUCCUGGGCCUACUCACACCUAUUGUCAGCAGCCAAUUGGAAUCUCUAAUGGAAAAUCGGUAACUUGGGCACAAAAUGAGAAGACCAGUAGGGGCCACCAUCUUUGGCAGCGCCUUUCUGUCCAUGUCAAGAAGAAGGAUAGUACAAAUCAAACAGCCGUUAUAAAGCCCUUCUCUAAAGGCAGUACAGAAAACAGAUAUAUCAGCACUUCCUUCCCAGACUCCAGUGCCAAAAUGCUGUAUGACGUUUCUGAGGCAGAAGAACAUUAUCCGGUACAGUACCGACCGCAGACUCCUUCUCCAAUCAGCACUGUAAGCCAGAGAGCUGCUUCAGUAACCCGGACAGAUGAUGACAUCCCUUCCUUUCACUCAGACACCGCCCAACGAAGUGGCUCUUCUCAAGGUUCUUUGAUGGACCAAAUCAGUAAUGUUGUUACCAGAUUCACUGCCAACAUCAGUGAGCUAAACUCCAUGAUGCUGUCGGCCAACACCCAAGGAACCAUGGUGCCCACCCCUCUAUGUUCUUCCUACCUGAUUCCAAGGGAGAUCCAACUUCCAACAGCUAUGACCACCUUUGCAGAGAUCCAGCCGGCCCCUGCUAUUGAAUUUAACGGUGGGUCACUUUCUGCCAGAAAGUCAUCUUCUGACAGCGUCAAAAAUAGCACUUCAGAAGCACCAGUAGUAAAGCAAGAUGUGGAGGAGUUAGUGGCUUUAACGCCUCCUUCUCCUUUUAGAGACUCCACUGACUCAGACAGCACCUCCCCUAGCUCCCCAGUAUCUGAAUCAGCUCUAUGUACCCCAUCAUCUCCUAAAUAUGACAACUUAAUCUUGAGAGACUACUCUCAAAGCUCCUCUUCAUUGUGAAUGUAACUUAUACUAGUUGGAUAUCAACUGUUGGCAGUAUGUAAAGAUGAUUUGGGGGAGGGUGUCACAGAUGUUGUUAGCGCAGAUGUAAACCAUCCCCAUGUUGGCAGCUGAUGCGUGGCAAAUACUUCUUUAUGGCAGCAUCAGAUGUACAGGUCCACUUUCCCAAGCAGUACAGUCGUUAUUAAAGUGGCCUUAAAAUAUGGUCCUUUUAAGAAACACUGCUUAAACUUGAGGCCUGUUAAGGAGUCGAACAUAAGUGCAGGAGUCUAUUCUAAGUGCUCUGAUUUAAUUUAAAGGGGGCUGUUUUGAGAAAUAUUGUGAACAGAGUGGAUUGUAAUCAGCUGUAAAAUAUAUUUGUCUUGUUUUGCUUUUGAUUCUCUUCCCAGAAGUGAACCUUGAUCUUUUAUCAAGAUUAGAAGACCAAACAUGAAUGUACAUUUUCUAAGAACUCAAAAAUCUGGGACCAAAAUGGCAGGCAUUUUUCUAUGAAGAAACUAUAACACAAAAUAUAACAACAACAAAAAAGUAUCAAAAAUCUGAUACACAACAGGCAUAGCUGACUCUCUGCAGUAAGUGACUGUAUUACAUAGGGCACAACAUGCAACGUUGUCUAUGUUUUUUUGUAUUUCUUUGUCAAUCCGUAACUUUUAAUCCAUUUAAAAAAAAAACAUGAGACUGAAAUUUACUAGCAAUGAAAUAUAUUGUCUAUUUCACCGUGUUGCCGACAAUACUAAAGUAGCAAAAAAUAUUUUUUGGAGUACUGUUUUGUAAUUACCCUCAUAAGGGCAAGUUGUUUUGGUGAAUAUAAUAUUUAUAGCAGAAUUGUUUAAUUACGGUGUUACUGCAUCCCUAUGUGUUGAAUGCUUUUUUUUUCUAAAUGAUUUUUUUAUGACAAAAAAUAUUUGUGUUUCAUUGCUUUUUGCAUGUAAAAAAAAAUCAAAAUCAAAAACAAACUCAAUGCUACUUAAAUAAAUAUUAAGUACUGAUACUGUAGUAGUAUAGAAUUUAAUAAACGGUGUCAAAGCCUUGAAUAAGUAAAUUUAGCAUUACCAGAAAGCCAUGCUUUUAUGUGGCUUGGUUGUUUGUAUAUUAUUUCAACCAUGAACUGUGACUGAAUUUGGUUUUCAAAGCAAUACAAAAUAAGGUCUACAUUUUCAGUAAAUCAUUUUUUUGUCCUUAAUAUAUGAAAAAUACAAAUAUGUUUGGCUAUCAUUUAUUGAAAGUCUAUUAUUUUCUUUAUGUAAAGAAACAGUGGAAUUAUGCUAGAAAGUCAAAGUGAAUCAAUGAAUGAAUUACAUGAUAUGAAAAAUAUACAUAUAUAAUUCCUGAGAAAUAUAUUGAUUUAUCACAGCUAUCCUCAGGUGCCAAAUAUAAAAAUAAAAUGGAUAGUGUUUUAAAGAUAUCAUUAUUUAAUUGCAAGUGAUGCCUAUUGACAGUGGUACCAGCCUUAUGAGAAUGUAGCCUUACAAGCCAGAAUUUUAGAUAAGUGUCAUAAAAAUGAGCAUAAAUAUAUAUAUAUAUAUAUAUAUAUAUAUAUAUAAUAUAUGUGAUUAUGUGAAUAAUUCAAGCUAUAAGCACAUUAGUUCCCUAAAGUAUAUGGUAGAUGUCAUCUACACACAGUGAAGAUCAUUCUGUAGGCUGAACCAAUAUUAAUGAGAAUGAAAACUUGCUUCAGUGAUAUCACCCAUUCUUCUUGAAUUUAUAUUGUAAAGUCUAAUAAAAUAUUUGUUUUGCCCACAGAAUGUCUACCUUCACUGUAUGUGUAUGAAGGUGGAGGGUAUAAAUACGAUUACUGUGAAUUUAUAUUUUAUCAUACAUUCCAAGAGCAUAUCUAUAAAUGCAGCAGAUAUAUUGUAUAUGACUGAAAAAUAUCAAAUUGUACUGUAUUGUCCAUUAAUGUCAUUAUUUGUAUUAAAGAGUUAUCAUUUUCAUAAAAAAUAUUUUAGAAGUAGGUUUUAACCUCUAAAAUUACUAAAAGUAAAUUAGCAAUCCAUAAGGAAAGAAAAAAUUUUGUUUUACAUUUUUAAGAUAUAUAUAAAAGCCUUGAUUAUACAAACAGCUUGAGAAAUAGUUAAUUCAGGUAGGAAAGAAACACUACAUCCAGUAGAAUAGAGUUUUAGAUACUGUAGGUUGACAAACUUCCAGGAUAAUAGCAAUAAUUAGUAAUUAGAAAAACUAACUUUUAUAAUAAAAUCAGUAUUAAAACUAAAAAAUUGGCAAGGGGUUAUACCUACAUAAUGGAUUUGUCAAGUUUGCAAUUAUGAUAGUGCAAUAGUACAUUUUUUCUCGCAAAUAACAUUUGGGAUAAAUACAUUAUUGUAGACUUGCACUUAUAUUGGGCAAUAGAUGGCUAUGGAAUUUUAACAAUUUUAAAAUCAACUUAUUAGUUAUGGGAACCACAAUUGUUUAUAGAUCUAUGGAUCUUAUAUGGCUCCAAAUCGGCUUCUACUGUACUAUAAAAUGUUUAAAAAUGCAGAUUAUACCUUAACUGAAAUAGUUUUAUAUUCUGGUUCAGUCAAAAAUUGUUUAGCAUAUAUUUUUUUUUAUUUUGAAUUUCAUAUAAAAAAUUAAGGAAGAUGAUGAGAAAUGGAAGACUUACACUUAUUAAUACCGUAAGACUAGAAGAAAACAAAUUCCAUUCUAAACGCUGGAAUCCAUAUUCAAUGGGAGAGAGAAAACAUUUAUAGAUUUGAUACUUAUUGAUUUUUUUUAUUAAACCUUCAAAUUACAUAGUCAUGUUGGUGAUCCUAAUACAAAUUUAGAUGCAGGAUUUAAUGUACGUAAGGAUAUUUGAGAUAAAUUGGAAAUAGCUUCAAUCAGAAUUUUGCUUUUUCCCUGAGUCAUACCUAUAAAAAGGAGUGUUUAAAUCUAGAAGCUUGAUAACUCAUCAACUUUUAUAUCUUUGUAACUAUAUAAGUGCAAAGGAAAAGGCAAAUUCUUUGGGGGGGGGAAAUUACAAAUAUCAAAAAUUCAUAUCUUAAGACAUUUUUUAGUUCUUGCUGUUUGUAUAUUUUUCCAUUAUAUGGAACCCUGGACACAAUUUAAUCAUAUUUGUAGGCUUUUAAAGUUUGAGUGUUAAAAGAUACAGUCCAAAUAGAUAAAAAAAAAUGCAAUUAACAUACAAAUACAAUAAAAAAAAACUUGCAAUAAUCACUUUUCUUAUUCCCCCCCCCCCCCCCUAUUAAUGCAAAGUAAAAUCUAUUAAAAGCCAUGCCGUCUUCAUUGAUUUGUUCACAUUAUACAUGUAGAUUAUCAUAUUGGUGCUACUGAUUUGAGUUUGAAAUAGCGAUCAUUUGUUUGACGCAGGCAUUGGUAUGACAAUACAUUUAAGAAGCACAAAUUUGCAACCAUCUAUGUGAACUUUAUUAAUGGAACGUUGUGCUGACAACUAGGAGCUGGUUACACCAUUCAGGUGUCAGGGGCCAUGUUUGGUUCUCACCUCAUACAAUCACACUCUGUACAAAUUGUAAGUAACAGGAAACAACAUAAUAAAUCUCCCUGUAUGGGAAACAACCUAAAAGUUGGACAUCACUCAUGUACAGGAGUCAAUUGGAAAUAAAUGUGCUGGCUUUUGCAGUCUCUCCAGCUCAGCUAGUGAUCUGUACCCUUUACACAGGGCAAUAAUGAGAAGCUUGGCUUAUUGGCAACAAGACUGGAGUGGAUAGAGUUGCAUGACCAAAAUGUAUGACCAUCUUGCCAGGGGCUGGAAGAGCAAUUGCAGUCAGAGGGAUAAGUACUCAGCACUGGCCUUUGAGCAUUGAUUGACCUAUCGUUAGGUGAUUUAACUAAAGGUAUAAAACACAGGUUGAUUUAUCAAAAAGGGGGGGAUACCCUACUAAAGUAAACAGUUGGUUUUACCAGUGAAAGGGCUUGGUUUCGUUUUACCUUAUAUACAGUAUUAAUAGAAUUUUCACUCGUGAUGACCCAUUAGUGCAGCCUAUAUACUGUAUACAGCAUUGAGAUGGGGACUCAAGAUUUGAGAACAGUGGUGCUAAUGAGAUAUAAUGGUGUCCUUAUAUUUAAAAAGUAGCAAAAGAAAAAAAAAUAAACUUUAUUAAUUUAAACAAAUUUAAUUUAAAUUAAAAAAACUUUUCAUAUAAUAAUAUUAUUACAUAUUAUAUUAGUUAUUUUUAAAUAUUCUGCAGCUAAAAUCCUGUGUUAACAUUAAAAGAUAAAUAAACUGAACAUAUACUUACCUACAUAGAAACUAUUAGAAUUUACUUAUCACUUCCUUGUUUUUUUUCUAUUUACUAUUCACUUGUCUUCUCUCUCUCUCUCUCUCUCCCCCCUUUUUUUUUUAAUGUCUAGCUCUCAUUUAUCUAUUUCUCUUUUUCUGUUUUUAUUUUCCAUUUUUUUUCUCCUGUACGGACACGUCAAUCACAAUAUUGGUUCUAUCCAUAGAAUCCCAGGGGCUCUAUAGAAUCACAUUCUGUUUCAGUUACUGAUGUGGCAGUGCUGGCUGCGCAUACGCUGUCCAGAGUCGCAUAAUGUACAAAAUUGCCAAAUGUCAGUGUAUUUUAUGUUCAUGCCAUAUGCUUCUUUGUUUAACAAGGAUACAAAAUGUAAAUGUCAUAGAUACAAUUGUGUGUAUACUGUAUAUACUGUAAAAAAAAUAGCCUUUAUUCUAACCCUUCCCUUCCGCAAUCAUAGAUGUGUCCAGUUACAUCUAGCCUCCUGGUACAUUAAACAGUCCUUCUAGUCUUGUCAUGCUGUGGCAUAACUUGGUAGCACCAAGCAUCUUCUGUGCAAUUUUUUCCAUUAAAACGUGUCUUUUUCGCAUUGCUAUGUGAAUAGGAUGCACAGGCAGCUUAUGCUGAUUAAAAUGAUAUGCUGCAUGCCUAUAUUCUGUGUGGAACUGCGAUUCUAUCUGCCUCCGAAAUGGUAUGUAAAAAUGUAUGCUAGUAAAAAUUGUAACAUACCAUUCUGUAUGCAGAUACAGACGCAGGAGCACACAGAAUAUAGACAUGCCACAUAUCAUUUUAAUCAGCAGAGUCUGCAUGUGUGUCCUAUCCGCAUAGUGAUGUGAAUAAGACGCCCGAUGCUAACGGAGUUGCAUGGGACAUGUCAGCUCACUCAUGCCACGCAUCUCCCGCUGCAUGGCGUAUUGAGGACACAUCAGUAACUCUACAUCCUAAAUCUCACCCUGCACCUAGCUGUAAUCCCAUAUACUACAUUUGCACCAGAAAAUGUCUUACACAGAUCUAAAUACAAUUUUGCAUAUAUGCUGAUGAAUUUACUAAGAGAGUUCUAUUUGAAAUUGGAUGUUGCCCAUAGCAACCAACCAGAUUCUACUUCUCAUUUAUCUUGCACCUUCUAGAACAUAAUACCUGGAAACUGAUUGGCUGCUAAGGGCAACAUCCCAUUUUAAAUAGAACUCCUAUUUUAGUAAAUUUACCCCUCAGUGUGCACAAGCGCUUAUUCGAAUUUCCCAAAUUCUGAUAAUGCAAGUCAUCCACACCGAGUGUCAUUUGUUCCAAUUGGAGUAUAAACUAAAAUGUUUUCUUAACUUUAUAUUGUUCUCUUGAGAACGUUUAAUACAAUGUUCUUUUGCUAUUACAGCUUAACUACGCACACUUUGCAAUGGGCAGAGGGAGCAGCAUAUAGAGAGUACAGAGAGAAACAAACUAUUAUUAAUAUAUACAAUGCAUUGGAAAUUAUUUCAAAGCACAAAACAGCAUCAAUUAUCAUUGGUGGCACCAUACAGCUUGAUUUGCAACUAAAGCAAGGAGUUUAAGGAGCAAGGUGCUACUUGCUACGUAUGGAUUGUGUAGAGGUUUGCAGGACAGUGCAAAAGUAAGAUUUAACUUUCCGUAGCUAGAUUAUUGAAUUGAGAUAAAGCAGCGGUGGGGUCGGAUAUAAGGGGUAUUAGAGGCACACAGCCCUUUUCACUCUGCAACAUGAUUUUAGAUAUGCACUAGGUCAGGUCUGCCCUAUUAUUUGAAUAGGACGCAUAUCUAGGCUUUCUUUAACCAAUGUAAAAUCUUCAAUCGUUCUGGUAUGCCCUCACUUUCAUGAGUAAAAUGUAAUGGGUUGAUUCUAAUGUGAUAGGAGAUGUAACAUUAACACUUUUAUACUUUGUACCUCUUGCGAUUUUUCUAGCUUGUAGCAAACCCAGACACACGUAGUUUGUGGAGGUGUCUCCUAGGAGCAGAGAGUACAUCACAACGCGUUUUGCCAUGCACGAUCAGUGUACUUCACAAAUGAGGACCACUGUGUUUUUGAAUGAUAAAUCUUUCUAAGACAUUCAAAACUAAUUUCCAUUAGACUAUUCUUCAGAGGUUCAUUAUAAGUGUAUUCCUAUAAAUUGCUAAAUUAUAAUUGCAAUUAUUAUGACAUUUUAAUUAUCAUUGUAUAUUGGUUGUCAUUUAUCUAUGAAGCCAGUAGGUAGUCUUAAGCAGUUAUACAAGCAAACCAAUACAUUUACUCACUAGUACUACUAGUGAAAUACAAACCAUUAUUUUCCGAUACUUAUGUUGUCAACAAAAAAUAUACAAAUAUGGGAAUAACAUAGUCUCCCUAAUCAACUCCUCAGGGGAUAUUUACUAAAAGUCGAUUUGGGUAAAUUUUUAUCAAUAUUUUAGUCGAUCUUUGUCCAAUUAUUGAUAGUUUUGGAGUUUCAGGGUCGAAAUUACAUUUACUAACAGAGGAUUUUUGACACAGUUUAAAAUUAAAAAAAAAAUCAUCUAUCAGUAAAUGUGGGAUUUAGACCCUAAAAAUACAACAUCGACCAAACAUCGAUCCAAAAUCAACCCAGAUCGAUUUUUAGUAAAUAUACCCCUAAAUCCCACAUUUACUAAAAGAUGAUUUUGGAAUUAUUUUUUUUAAAUGAUGUAAAAAAUCAUCUGCUAGUAAAUGUGUGAUUUAGACCCUGAAACACAAAAUCGAUCAAAAAUCGACCAAACAUUGACAAAAAAAAACUUUGUUCAAAAUCGACCCAAAUCAACUUUUAGUAAAUAUACCCCAUAAUGCCCUGGACUGUCCUAAAAAAUUGGGAUAGAGGGAAUUAGUAUACCUCCAUUAAAAACUUAAUUCCAUUAUUUGAGCCCUCCAAAUAACCUAAAUUAAUAUAAAAAUAUUGUAGCGUCAUAUGUCAAUGGUAAAAUUAGCACUACAGAGAAGGGCAUUGGUGUAGAAUACAAGAUUAGAAAUGCACAUUUUAUCAAUGAAACAGCUGUGAUUUUUAUUGUCGCACCACUCACUGUUGAUAAAAUAAAAUAGCUCUGUGUACUAUUUAAUCCGGUAAAUAUGGCUGCCUGAAAAGUGUUGCUUAGCUUAUAGUACUAAUAUUUUUGUGUCUACCUAUUGAUCAGUUCAACAUCAGUUUUCCAAAUUCCUGACAUGCUCAUAAUACUGUGAAACAAUGACAAGAGAAAAAGUAUAUUUAAACUAAUGGAGUGAUGUAUAUAAGGUGUCCGUGUCGUCCGUAAUCAGUAAUAAAAACUAUACAUGCAAGUAGAUAAAUAACCUACCAAACAUGAGCAUAUACACUAUAGUAUACCAUGUAAGACAUCAUAAUUCUUGGAACCCAGGUGAGAUAAUGAUUACGAGUCCCAUGUAUGUGUCUAGAUUCAUUGUGCCAAUACUACAUCAUUUUUUGUGGGCUAAAAGUGCUUGUAAUUUAUUUGCAAACAAAUACUGUGUUAAUAAGAAAAAAAAAAUCUAAAAAAUUGUGAAUAAUGGUUCUCUUUAAUUUUGCUGCUGCUUCUGACAUAAAAUAGAGAAUGUAUUGUUUUAUUUCGAUGUUUAAUGAUGAUGAUAAUGUUUUCAUAAGAUGUACAAAUUGCUUUAUUUAGCUUUGUAUCUGUAAAGAAAUUGUAAUUUAUUUUGAAAGAAAAAAAGAGAAAAUUUAAAUACAAUGCCUGUUUUUUUCCCCACUUUAUUUUAUGUUAUAAUUGUGUUUUUGGUGUCAGGUACAUUUUUGGACAUUAUUAAAAAUAUGUGAUACAAAUGGAGGCUUUUUAUUACUCAUUUGAAAACAAAUAGAUUGAUAAGCCUGGUGUAAUGGGA